ACCAAGUUAAUAAAAACCAAAAAAGAAAAACAGAAGAAAGAAAGAGGAGGAAGAAAGAAAGAGGAGGAAGAAGGGUUUACAAAGCCCAAAUGGACGUCGUAUACACGCACAAACAGAUCUACAUAUAAAAAUUCCACGUAGUGCACAUAAAAAUUUCACAUAGUGCAUAUAAAUAUAUAUACAGAGACUUUCUGAAGAAUAUGGAAGGCACAUACAUAAGUACGGAAAUGCAGACAAUUUUUUGGGCUGAAAAAAAUGCGUAGUCAGUUCAAUUUUGGCGCACACCCCUUGAAACUUGCAAAAUUGCAAGAGCGUGUCCAGUCUAACCCCACCUAAUCAUACAAUUCGAUCUACCCGUGGCGAUCGGAUUCAUUUCCUUGUAUAAAUUUUCAAUAAAUUCUUGGAUCGAAAUCCUCCACAGGCAGUCAGUUACAAUCCGGAGAAACCCCAAUUAAUAUAAGGGAUAGAGGGCUAGUAUUGAUACGGCUCUGGAAAUUAAAAAAUGAACAAUGCCCGGAGUCCUCCGAAGCAUCGGCAUGAUGGAACAUCGCCAUUGCCUUUUGGAAUGGAUUGGAGUCUUCCGCCUCGAAAAUGGACUGGACGGAAUACCAUUUGGCCUCAUGAUCCACGAUCUGGAUGGAGUUUUUGCGUUAUGAUUCCUUCAUGGCUCAUCAUUCCUGAAGCAAGAACUGUGGAUGGAGCAGACAUCAAUCCCACAGCGUUUUACAAUGUACAAAUUGGCAUUCAAUCUCCAAAUGGCAUCAGUGCUGCUCGGGGUAUUCUUAGAAGAUUUAGUGACUUUCUAAAGCUUUAUGCCACUGUCAAGCGCUUAUUUCCAAAGAAAAAAAUUCCUCAAGUUCCCCCGAAGCAUUCUCUUAUGAGAAAUAAUUCUAGGCAAUUCCUACAAGAGAGGCGGCGUGCGUUAGAAGAAUGGAUGGAGAAACUACUUUCUGAUAUUGAUAUAUCACGAAGUGUUGCAGUUGCAUCCUUCAUUGAACUUGAGGCUGCUGCAAGGUCAGCCAUUACAGAAAUCAAUGAAGCUCAGGAGUCUUCUAGCUCAAAUUUUACCAUCAACAAGUUUAGUUCUUCGUUGGAUCUCAACAUUGGCUCAGGUGUUUCUAUAGCUUCCAGUCAUGCAUCAGUUACAUCUGGAGUAUCGCCAGCUACUGCAGAUGAUGGAAGUGAUAUUAUCUAUGAAGCUUCUGACAUAGGAACUCCGCGACAGGCCAGAGAUCAUGAAUCAGAAAUUGAUAUUGAAGAUAGUACAACAGAGAAAGAUAUGAUAUUUAAUGGAGAAUUGGUGAUGAAAAAUGGGAUCUCCGAAGAUGAUCAAGGAUCUUUGAAUUUAAGAGGGAGAAAAUUAUUCUUUAACAACAAAGAAAUGGCUUAUGCAGAUGGAGGGACAGAAUUUCAAUCUUGGCAUGAGCGUAAACUCUCUAUUGAUAGCAAUGGUAGUGAGGCCAGUUCUAUUAGAGGAAGUGAAAUAUCAAAUGUUGGUACUUUUACUUCUGUUACUGAUGGUCUUGGCUCAUUUCCUGGAGGCAUGGAACAUGGUACAGAUGACUUGAGUAGCAUUGAUAUGAAUUUUCCAAACAAUGUGCAGCCAGUAUUGCCUUCACAUGAACGUGGAAAAAUGAAGAGGGUGCUUAAUGUUUUGCAGCGACGGUUGGUCACAGCUAAAACAGAUAUGGAAGAUCUUAUUGCAAGAUUGAAUCAGGAAAUAGCUGCAAAAGAAUUUCUCACUGCUAAGGUUAAAGACCUGGAUGGUGAGCUUGAAAAUUAUAGGCAUAAAAGCACGGAGACUCUGAACCAAGCAGUCUUGCUGGAGCGAGAACGAGUUACCCAACUGCAAUGGGACUUGGAGGAGCUUCGUGCAAAAGUUUUGGAGACGGAAGAAAAAUACAAACUGGAGCAGGUUGCCAGGGUUCAUGCUGAGGCAAGAAUGCAAGAAGCAGAGUCAGAUAGAGAGAGAUUGCACCGUGAGGUUGGUGAAAUGAGUGAAAGUUUUCAGAAUCUUCAGAAAGAUCGUGACAAUGCAGAAAGCAAAACAAAAGCAGAUAUUAAAUUUUUAGUAAAAGAAUUGAAGUUGCUACGGAAGUCUCAGCCAGAACUCAAACGUGAAUUACAGCAUGCAAUAAAUACAAAAUCAGAAUUAGAGAAAAUUCUUCAGAAGGAGAGACAAAGGCAAGAACAAGCUGCUGCUGCAAGAGCUAAACUUCUGCGUGAAGCUGCAAUUCUUCGUCAGCGUCUUCAAGAAUGUAGUGUAGAUAUUAUUUCGAAAGGGGGAGAUAAAUACACUGUAAAUGCUGCUUCGGUCUCAGAGGCUGUAGAUCUCCUGGCAACAUCUGAUAAUCGGAUUGGCCUACUGCUUGCUGAGGCUCAACUUCUUGCGCAACAAGAUGAAGAUGGCACUGAUAUAUCUGAGCAAGCAGUUGUGAAGCAAGCAAAUCCUGGAGUCCAUGGAAAUGGUAAUAAGUUGAGCCUGGAAGGGAAAAAUGAUUCAAGUGGCAUGGAAGCAGUUGCCAGUGAGGCCAUGGUUCGCAAGAUGUUGACUGAUAUUUUCAUUGAUAAUGCUCAAUUACGCAAGGUUGUAAAUUCUGUCACACGUUCAGCUCUUUUGGAAGAUCAGAAAGCUGAAAAAGAUGGAGAGGAUGAAGCUCCUACAAGGAAAAGUGUUCUAAACAUGUUUUUAGAGAAAUGAUCUUCCAUGUAUACAGGGAACCUAGGUUGCUUCAUAGAAAUGGGCAUGGAUAGACUUGCAGAUGACAUUUAUAUUAAACAUGGCAGAAUUCGACAAAUCAAGCAUUUCAAGAAUCUUAAGCAGUGCACCUCUUCAAAGAUGUAUUUGUUGGAGCCACUGAAAUUUUGGGCCAGUGGUGUUGUUGAUUCUAUGCUACAUAUUCCUCAAAAUCAUUGAAUUUGUGCAUGGUUCUCCAUCAUCUGAAAUUUGAAUAUCUGCACUGUUUGUCAAACAUUCCAGCUAAUCCCUCUCUUGUGAAAAUGUCAAUCAUCUAUCUCAUUUGGAUGGUGGCAGACAAACAUUAUUAUUUCUUUAUGAAGAGAAGGCUAUAAAUAUGUACACAAUCAUGGGUAUAUGGAGUAGCCCACUGAAAAUAAGUGGCCUUAUUUCCUAGGAGAUUGACAAUGCUAGCCUGAAAAGUUGUGUACAGUUAUUUGGCUUGAAUCCAAAGGAAUAUAAAUUCUCAGUCUCUAGGUUCUA